AUGGCAACAGCAAAAAGCAGAGUCCAAUGUUUUAUCUGUAGUAAAGAAAAAAACACAUACAGUUGUAAAGGAUGUUCACAUGAGUUCUGUUUUCAACAUUUAAAAGAACAUCGACAAAGAAUCGAGACACAAUUAGAGGAAAUUAUUAAUGAUCACGAUCAAUUUCAACAAACAAUUGUUCAACAAAAACAAAACCCAGACAUUUCUCCUUUAAUCGAACAAAUAAAUCAAUGGGAAAGAAAUUCAAUUCAUCAAAUUCAACAAGCAGCAGAAAAAUGCCGAGAACAAGUCAUAAAAUCAACACAAAAAAAUAACAAUGAUAUAGAAAAAAAGUUUAGUGAAUUAUCUCAAAAAUUAAAAGAAAUUCGUGAAGAAAAUGAAUUUAAUGAAAUUGAUUUAAAUAAUUUUCAAUUAAAAUUAACACAAAUUACAGAAGAAUUUCUUCAGCCAUCAAAUACUUCUAUUUGA